CCCUCUGUGUCAAACAUGGCUGUGCUUUAGAAGAAAGAAAAAUGCUGAAUUGUGUUGCAGAAUUUCGCCAAAAGAGGAAACCAUGGCUAGACUGGCUGAUUAUUUCAUAGUGGUGGGAUACGACCAGGAUAAAGCUGGAUCUGGUGAAGGAUGUGGCAAGAUCAUUCAGCGCUUCCCCAAAAAGGACUGGGAUGGCACGGCAUUUCCCCAGGGUGUGGAGAUGUUCUGCCAGCCUGGUGGAUGGAGACUGUCCCGUGAGAGGAAACUCCCGACAUUCUUCACAGUGGUGCUGACAGACAUAGACUCAGAACGACACUUCUGCUCCUGUCUGACCUUCUUUGAGGCAGAGGUCAACCUGCAGGGCAAGAUUGGCAAUAAGUGUCAAGUUUUGGCCAAGCAGGUAGUAUCACAACUCCAGGCUGCUUAA